AUGAGCAGCGAAAAGAUGCUACAAGUCUUUGAGAUCUGGGCUGCAAACGGAGAUUCGGGAAUUAUCCAUGAAGGUGUUCUCAUUCUCCCAUGUCCAUCCCCAUCUUCACACGCAUCAAGCACCCCUUCGAGCCAACGCCCAGUCCCCUAUUUCUUCCACACAACACGGACCCCAUCAUCUUCCUCACCCCAAUCCACAUCUCCGCUCUCUAGUUCUAUCGGCGGUCAAUCCAUUUGGCAAGGCAACAUCCUCGCUUCUUCUCUCCCACAAUAUCUCCAAAUAUGCGCCUCUGUUACAACACGUCAUUGUGGUCUUGCGGAAAGGGAGUUACUGAGAAAACCGGCUGAGUGGACUAAGAUGUUAUUUUUGGAUUUGGCUAGAGAGAGGAUUUGGGUGGAAAGUAUUCUCUCAAUGAAUAUGGAUAGGGGGCUGGAGAGGGAGAGGGAGAGGGGAAGAGAAGGGGAGAUGCAGGUUGAUGGGAGAAGGAGGAGAGGGGAGAAAGAGAGGCCGAUGGCUUGUGAUUCGAUGAUGCUGGGGAGGUUAAGAAGGAGACUGGAUUGUGAGGUUAGAACACUCGGGCAAAGAAAUAGGGGAAGAGAAAUGAGGAGUGGAAACAUUGUUGAGGGAAUCAGACGUAGGAGACAAAGACGAGUUUUGCGUCCAAGAGGAUGUAACGAUUCGCGGGAAACGAAGGAGAAGAUGCCCAAGCAUCGAGAUUAA